UCUGGAAUCCUUGCACUGUGGCACUUGCCUUCACUUAGAUUAAAAGGAAUGUGGGAAAUAGAAAACCAGCCAGACUAUGAUAAGGUGAACCCUUACUACCUCAUUCCUGGGAAAAAGAAAAAAGCUCAAUCAUUACUCACCAAUCCCUUUAGGUACCAUAUACUGGACAUCAGCUGGUGGUCAGAAAAGGCUGUGAUCUUUGCAAGGUUUUCUGGUGCUAUAACUGUUGCAUCUAUCCACUCUGCUAGAAAUCUUUUGGGAGAAUCACCAGAGUGGUUUGAACCAGCUCCACAGAUAUCUCAGGCCUAUGAUCGAGGGUUCUUUGUGCUGGAGUGUGAGAGUCAAAUUUCAAGUAAAAAAAGGGCACUCACAUCAGAAAGUGAAGUAGAAGAAAGCAGUGAUGAAGAAGAACUUUCUCUUGUUACUCGUUCAGCAAGGACUGUCAAGAAAGCCCUCUAUAUCAUCACUGACAAUGAACGAUUCCAACCACCUAGGAAAAAGCCGAAAUUUGUCACGCGGACUUACAGACUCUUAUGCCUUAAAUCAACCACACCAGAAGAACUUUAUACCAGAAAGAUUGAUGCUGAAGAGUAUGGUGAAGCAUUAGCUUUAGCCAAAACCUAUGGUUUAGACUGUGAUCUUGUUUACCAACGACAAUGGAGAAAACAUCCUGUUUCCAUAGCAACCAUCCAGGACUACUUAAGUAAAAUUACAAAGCGAUCAUGGGUUCUACAUGAAUGCUUAGAAAGAGUACCUGAAAAUAUUGAUGCAACAAAAGAGCUACUGCAAUAUGGUUUGCAGGGUACAAACCUGGAGGCAUUGAUUGCUAUUGGAAAAGGAGAAGAUAAUGGAAGGUUUAUAGUAAGCCAACCAGAUGUAAUAGAUGACACACUAAGAGACCACUAUGAAAGUGAGAAAGAACUAGAUGAUACCAGAAAGGCAAGAGAACAGGAAAGAAGACAAGAAUUAUGGAAGCAAAUAGAUUUUUCUAAUUUGAACUUGGAACAAAAACAACUCUGCCAGUGUCGAAUGAAAUUGUUGAAAUAUUUAGACAGAUUGUCAACUUAUGAGAUUAUACUGGGAGGACCUCACAUUGCCGAUGAACAUUAUGAUGCCAAGUUUUUCAAAGUUUUCCGUUCACAGUCAGGAUUAGAAGCUGCUGUUCAGUUUGCCCGUGAAAGUGAUUGGCGAUCUGUUGCAGCCAUGUUUACUUACCAUGGUAAAGAAACUUUGCAGCAUCAUUUGCCUGUCUUAUCAAAUUUUCCAGAGACCACAUCACCAUUUGAUUAUCGCUCCUUACUACCUGAGAGUGGGUGUAUCUCAAUUCUGGACUUCAUGGUUCCAGCCAGGCAAAUCAAGCAGGAAGCUGCAGCCAAACCAGUAGCAGAAGCAGUACAGAAUCCAUCAUCCAUACCAUCAGGAGGAGCAUCACAUUCCUUGAAGCUCUUACCUCUGGCAAAAGAAGACACUCUUAAGGUUGAGGUUUUAUGUGUUCAAUCUUUCAUUCCUGGAUCCCUGCAAGAUGUUAGACUCCAAAGCAAAGGAACAAUGCACCAGAAAGCUGAAAAAGGCUCUCAGUUACCUUGUGGACCAGGUUCAAUUGAAAGAGGAUUUUCACUUAGUAGACAAAUUGAAGUAGAGAACAUGAAAGAUGGAACCUACAUUGCUCAGAGAUGCAUCUGUGAUCACCUAGGAGUAAUAGGGGUAUUGAAAAGAGAUUUAAUUUCACGUGACUUUGCUGUGGAGUUUUAUGAAGAUCACCCUGAACUUCAGAAGUAUUGUAAAGAAAAACUGACAAAAGACCUGCUUACUCAGUGGUAUGAUGAGCGAGCUAGAGAAAUAGAACAGUACAGUCAGCUAGUUGAUAAUGCUCUUGAGCUUGUUCGACUUGGUCUUGAACGAAAUGUAAAGGGAUUAGAAAAACUUCUGGAUGAUCUGGUAACCAUGGAAACCUUGGUGUACAGCUGUCACAUGAACAAAAAGUUAUCUUUUGAAGAACUGGAAAAGAUGAACAAUAUGGAAAAGCUAAACCUCAUGAUGUCUAUGAGUGAUGAAGAAAACUUUGUCAAGAACGUAAAACAGUGGCUGCUUCCUUUUUUAAGUCGAUGUGAGAAGCAUCAAGCUGGCAGCCAGAAAACACUGCUGAAAGAAUAUUUGAUUGGCUUAGCAGUGAACGACCUGAACCCCUGUGUGAAGAUUUUUCAAAGUGUACGAAAGGAUUCUGAUCCAAUUAUUGGAGACAUUGAUGAACUUAUUACCUUGGCUUUGAAUUGUAUCUACGUUUGUGAAAGGAAUGACCAACUGAACUAUGCCUUUUUGAUUUUGGAUUGUCUACCUCAAAGGGGCUCUGGUGGCCAAAGCAAGAAGCUUGAUAAGCUGCAUGAUAAGGUGGACCAGCUGGAGAAGCAUUUAAGUGUUGCAGAGAUUUUGGAAAAGAAUGGAAAUCCCACGACAUUAGGAUAUAUCUGCACAUACCAAGACAAUCCCGAAAUUGUGAAACAGAUGCUCGUACAGUUAACAAGGAAGGCUAGUCACAGGGUUCCAGCACUAACUGAAUCCCAGUGGAGAGCUUUGUUAUUGGAGAUGUUAGACAUACAGCAGCAUAUUUUCACCUGUAUUACUGCUGAGGAUUGUUAUGAAAUUUUCACAGAGUCCUUGUUGUGUUCAGGCAGUAAAGAGAGCAUAUCCCUAGCUGGACAGAUGUUGGAGUGUAGCCACAGCGUUGUUAGGGGGAAAUCCCCUUUGAUUCUCUCUUCUCAGACAGGUGGUCCAUUCUAUUCCAACAAGGUUCCAUACCACAAAGCUGUAAAACUUGUAUUGGUAGCUGCUCAAGAAUAUUUUAACUCCUCUGCUACCCUCUCGGACCCUUGCAUGGCUCUUGCCAAGGCCAGCCUCCAGCUUCUUCAGGAUGUUCCUCCAAGUAUAGAAGAUGAACUGGACCUUAUCAGUUCAUUGUCACUUUUGGAUGAGUUUUCUGUUAAUAUUUUACCAUUACAAGUUCGACAGUGUCAAAAUAGACUAGAACUGGUGAAGAAAGCUCUUUUAUCUAAACCUGGAGCUUAUAAGCAACCACAGAAGGUAUUAAAGUUGGCACACCUACUACGAGUAUGUGGAAAUAACAAAAAAGAGUGUGAAGGAAAGACCUUGUCUCUUGUAGCUGAAUCUGCUUUUCAAGCUGCAGACUAUGAAGCAUGUUAUGGUGCAUGUCGCAGACUGUUAGAUGGUUGCCAUAGUGAAGGUUGGAAAGUCUGUCAACUCCUAGGACAAUGUCAAGAGUUCAAAAAUUUGUCAGCAAGACUAGCACUGCUGACUUUUGCAAUAAGUUACUGUGCUUCAGAUCUACUUGAAGAUCUGUUGAGAAAUAAAGCUGAAGUUCAGCUUGAGAUGAUAUACUCACAAGUGAAAUCCCAGCUUAAUCAAGACAAGCCUGAAGCUAAGAGUACUGGAAACCUUUACAUUAAGGAUGAAAAUAGAAAUAGUGAAACAAGUUUUACAUUAAAUACGCUUCAACAAACUCAAGAAGCCACCUUGAAAAUUUUACGAUCCACAACAGAAACAACUAAGGCUGUGUUUUCCUCUGUAACAGGUGCUCAAAUUUGGAAAGAUACAGCAAAGGUUCUGCUGCAUGGUCAGAUCGCUGCCAGUGGUGUCAGUGAUUAUUGUAUACCAUCAGGGUCUGUGGGAGAAUUUCUGGAUUUUAAUUCAACUUACACCAGGUAUGCUCACCCUGACUUAAGCCCAUCUUUUAACGUUGCUGUCUCCUUAGUUCGUGCAGCUCUGCUAGAAAGCACUCUGAAAGAGAGUCACAGCUGUGAGGUAUCUUCAGAAGUAUUACUUGAACUUGUUCAGCUGCUGUUACAAGAAGACACAACACUGAGUAUUGCAUUUCUUUUAGGAUUAUCUCAGCCUGAAGAAGCCGAAGAACUUUUCAAAAGACUUCCGAGAACAGCUCUGGUGCUUCAAUUAGCUUGUUAUUAUUUUGCUCUUCAAUUGUAUGCCAAUCUUCAGCCUAUAACAGUUCUACCUGAGGAUUUGUACAUUUACAGUCCAAGCUAUCUUAUAAAACAGGCAGUCCAUGUUUUACAUACUGAUGAAGUAACCAACUUUGAAAAACUUAAAAUUUGUGCCUCCCUUCUAAGGAAAUACAACAAGCUGUUGUCUGAUUUUAUUCAAGCUGAGAUUCUAAAGACAUAUGGUGGUGGGGUAGAUGUGGCAAGAUUCACUCAGGACGAUAUUUAUAAACAUGAAACUAUUUUAGGAUUAGCCAUGACAUUAGAAAAGCCAGUUCUUCAAGUAGCUGUAUCACUUGCUCAUAAGUAUGGCCUUUCUCUAUGGGAUAUAUAUAUGACUCAUUUGGAGUUUCUCUUCAGUGACACCAGCCUAACGACUCUUGAGCUGGAGAAUAGGGUAAAAGAGUUAAGGAUGCAUGAAACACUAACAUCUCAACCAGAAAAAAUGUGUGAACGGUUGCAAGAGUAUGUUUAUCCAAAUAUUGAUGGUACAGAUCACAGUCGCUUGGUUUUUUAUUAUUCUCUGUUAGAAGAGUGUGGUGAUAUUGAAGACUGCCAUAAAAUAACACCAAGUAGCCAUCUAAAGACUCUAAAAAAACUGAAGUCUGCAUGUCCAAGAAUAAACUACAAAGAUCUCUUAGAACCCAUGAGCUCCCAGUUUGAUGUAUUGUACAAAGCUCUAACUGAAGGAAAUGUUCAUGUCUUUGCAAAACUGGCACCAAAAAUUCCUUCUCAGGAUGGAAGAUUCCUUACAUCUAGUAAUAUCCUCAGAAUCUGGAGUACAAAAUACUUCUUUGAAAGUUGUCAACGAAAUAAAACAAAACCUGAAACCUUGUACAUAAUUGGAGUUUUUACCUUUGUAUUGUAUUUCUUAAGUGAAAAAUGGGAAGAAGUUCUUGAGCAACUUCAUCAUAAUUUUGAACACUUUAAACGUCUUGAAGAUGAAAUUGUUGUUGAGAUGAAGACCUCAUCUAAUGCUGCUAUCCAGGGCUAUGCUGAAGAAUUUGAUCUGUCUCGUUCUGUUCCUGAAAAAGUACGAGUAAUGCUUUUGCGUGCAGUAAUGGAGGCCCAACCUCACUCUUUGCUACAGAACCUUCUGGCUCUCUGUCCACCUGAAAUGGCCUGGGAACCAAUGGAUGCUUUCACUGAAUCCAUCACUUUAGUGACAGAACAGCUCAGAAAUCCAGAUAAAACUUUACAUCCAGCUUUAGAGAAAUCUGAUCCUUUGAAUAUUUUGGAUGCAAUACUCAAACAGUUGUCAGAUAAUACUGAAGAGUUAUUAACAGGAGAAUUGGCAUUGGAAGUUUUACGACCAUUUUGUAAUGAUUCCUCAGUUCCUGUCAGUUUAAGAUUAAGAGUGUUGCAGCUCUUGGAAAAAACUGUUGAUCUUCUACCAGAAGACUUGGCACUCCUUUUAUUGUUCAGGACUCAGGUAGUGAUCACUGAUAGCUGGCCAGACUUUCAUGUUCAAGAAGAAAAGAUACUAUCUGAAGAAGGCCGACAAGAGCUUUUUGAUUUCCUCCUUAAUAAAAGUGAAAACAUAAAACAUAUAACAGCACUCUCUGAUGUUUUAAACUGCUGGCCAUCAUUAACACCAAGUGACCCAGCGGGUGAUGUGUGGUCAAGAUUAUUACUCAAACUCCUUUCCCUCCCUGCUGAAUCUGGAGUGUUAGAAGAAACAGUCAAGCUAGUGAAAAAGGCACUAUCAAGAACUUCAUUUACUCCUGAGUGUGGAAAGGUAAUUUAUGAAGAAGUUCAAAACCAUGGUAGCUACAUGCAUAGCCUAAAGGUGGCACUGCUGUUGGGAUCAAAGGAAAUGCAGGAUGAAGCUAUUAGUUUGCUGAAUACAUACACUCAGGUGUCAGAAAAUGAUUAUGAUGAAGAAUUGUUGUCACUUCUUCUACAUCAGCAUUUAGUACCUCACACCCUGGCUACCAAUUUGUAUGGUCCCAUCAUUAAACACUUGCUGGACACUGAGAAUGAAGAAGAACGUCAGUACAAUGUUGAAUGUGUAGUCAGGGAGCUCUAUAACACUGGUCACAGAGCUGAGGCUGGCUCACUGCUCCUGUUAGCCAACAAUAUGCAUCCUGUUCUUUCAACAUUUGGUAGUGCCUUGGGUGUUCUUCAAAGAUUCAUUCACAGAACUUGAUGAUUGUGCAUUCUACCAAUGAGAAUAAGCAUAUUUAGACAACCUAUUUCUCUAUCAAAAGGAGUGAAAAAUAGAAGGUGCAGGUCAGAAUUAUUUUACGUUUUUGAAUAAAUAUUGCUUUGGCAAUUGAA